AGAAUCGGCCUCUUGCGCGACCUUACUUCCUUUCACUACACUUUCCCUCUCUAUACAAAAUCCAAAGUGUGAGUUGCGCACGCAAGGCCCGACAAUGCUAAAAUAAAUGCCAAAGUAUAGGCGUACAGAGUUCCUCGCGACACUACCGUCGAUCGUUUUGUAGCAUUUCGGAUUUUCAGUCGUUCCUCGUCAGGAGUAUGUGGUUCGGUACUGUAGUCUGAAGCCGCGAUACGAUUUGAGCUACGACGAACGCGAUCUGUCCAAUUCCACUUUCUAAUGUUUCUUUUUAAUGUUACUUAAUACAACUCUAAUCGCUCUCGCAGCCAGAUAAGUAGCGCCGAAGCAGGAACUUGAUACAGUGACUGAAUUAAGAUAAAGAUGACUUUUUAGUGUUACGACAUCGCGAUUUUUAGUGCUAAGUGAUCUGUGAUAUAAAUUAUUUUACUAAAGGUGCUUUAUUUUUGGAACAAGAUUUUUGUUGCAGAACGAGAUGGCAAGGCAUUUAGUUUUUUUAUUAACCUCAUGGCUCGUGAGUGCAUGCGCAUCGUACGAGAUUCACAAACACAUGACGAUAGAAGAAUUAAGAAAUACAUUUCAUGUAGAUGCACAUGAUUUAGUUCCUGAAUAUGAAGUAGUCCCGAUACAGCACGUGCGGAAAAGAAGUAUACAGGACUACAGCGAAAACAUGAUAGAGCUCGACGAGAUGCUCAAAACAUCGAAGAAGCCAUACGAAAGCAAGGUACCAGACACCAGUAAGAGCAGUUUAAGGUUAAAAGCGUUCGGACAACCGUUCAACUUGAGCCUCGCGCCAACGGAGGGCUUGUUGAAGAAAGGGAAAUUAAAAAUAUGGACAAUAGAACCCAAUGCCACGGCCCAACAUGGCGUCGAGUACGUAGAACUGCCCGAGACGAAUGAAGAAGUUGGAGAAAUAUUUCAAGACGAAGAGAACCAAGCUGCUAUUUUACUCAGAAAAGAAGCAGACGGUAUAGUGGUGGAAGGGAGCAUUGGAUCUCAACUAGUAAUACGCCCCCUUCCAGCGCGCCUGCGGGGAACUCUGAAACCAGCCAAUAACCAAAGUAUCGUGGAGGGUGCGUCCACGAACGACGACGAAAUGUUCCUGGAUCAGGAUGGAGAGCUGAGCGCCGAAGUUGCCAUCGAUACAGGACUGCCAAUAAAAAGGAACAAAGAGGCCACUCAACACCACAUCGUCUACAAGAGGAAAGACAAGGACCACGAGGACAAUUACAGUGAUUACGCUUUGAUGGAACCAGACCACAUAUCGAAAAGGUACAAAAGAAGCACAUCCAGUAAAUCAAGAAGUAAAAGAGAAGCUCCCUACACGAUAUUCCCAGAAAUCCUGGUGAUCGUCGACUACGACGGCUACAGGCUUCACGGAGGCGACAACCUACAGAUCAAGAGAUACUUCGUAUCCUUCUGGAACGGUGUGGAUUUGAGGUACAAGCUACUAAAAGGGCCCAAGAUCAGGAUAUCUAUAGCUGGUAUUAUAAUAAGUCGGGGAAGAGAUGCCACGCCAUAUCUAGAAAGAAAUAGAGUCGGAAGGGAUGCCAUAGACUCCGCAGCGGCGCUGACCGACAUGGGGAAAUAUUUAUUCAGAGAAAGAAGACUUCCUGUGUACGACAUUGCCGUCGCAAUAACAAAACUAGACAUGUGCCGGAGAGCGUACCCCAAUGACCAAUGCAAUCGCGGCACCGCAGGGUUCGCCUAUGUUGGGGGAGCGUGCGUCGUGAACAAGAGACUGGAGAAAGUCAACUCAGUCGCCAUCAUCGAAGACACCGGUGGCUUCAGCGGCAUCAUCGUAGCAGCCCACGAAGUCGGCCAUUUAUUAGGUGCAGUUCAUGAUGGCAGUCCUCCACCAUCGUAUUUAGGAGGACCAGGAGCUGAAAAAUGUCAAUGGACCGAUGGGUACAUCAUGUCCGAUCUGAGACAUACAGAAAGGGGUUUCAGAUGGUCGCCUUGCAGUGUAUCCAGCUUCCACCACUUCUUGAAUGGGGAUACAGCCACUUGCCUCUAUAACACCCCCCAUGAGGAUGAGAAUCUUCCUAGAGUUUUACCAGGAAAAUUAUUAACCUUAGACGCUCAGUGCCGAAGAGAUAGAGGAACGAGCGCAUGUUUUAAAGAUGACAGGGUGUGCGCGCAGCUCUUCUGCUUCGAUUCGGGGAGUGGCUACUGUGUAGCUUACAGGCCCGCAGCCGAGGGAUCGCCGUGUGGGGACGGUCAGUAUUGUAUGAAUGGAAAGUGUGUGGCGGAACACGAGAACAUCAUUCCAGACUACACGCAAAAUUCGCCGUCUUAUGUCCGGCCGGGCAAUUCAAAUCAAGGGAGGCCGUUGUUCCACGACGACGAAGAAGAUGUAGUAACUCAAAACCCAGCACACCCUUACCAUUUCGACACCACACCAGUACAGUACAACCCUUACAGUCCCUACCAGAACAUAAACUAUGACGUCCAGAACAAUCAGUACCCUAACGUCUACAAUCCCGAAUUUUCUGCCUCCACCAGAACUGCCCCUCAAGUUCCCGUCCUCACCACUAAAUUUACCUACAGACCCCUAAAUUUGGUCGCCAUUACGACCACCAAAUCUCCCUACGAUUUCAAAAAUUUCGGCAAACCCUCCACGACACUGAUCGCCUCGUCGACUAACACCGUCCAAGUAAACAGUCCUUACACAAGCACCACUAAUCGUUACGUAGGGAAUUACUAUAGUAUCAGGAGACAAACCACUAAAAGUCCUUACGACUUUGGAAAUUUUGGGAAAACCACGCCGAAUCUCUAUAAUGUAAACGACAGCGAUAACGUUAAUAAUAACUAUUUAAAGCGGUCUUACAACGAUUCCAGUUACUAUUCGGACGGUAGUGAUAUUAGACAGACACUUGUAAAAGGGGGAGUUUGAUAGGCUGAAUGACAGGAGCAAUUGUUACAAAGCUACAACAGAGGUAGCCAUGCAAGAGACAAAUGACAGUGGUUGUGAUGUAACAGUGGUGAUUACGAUUACAAUUUUAUGUACAGAAUUGGACAACACAGAGUGAUAAGUGCGAAACGGACAUUUAAGGAUAUUAAAUUAAUAUUAGAUUUAGUUCUUUUGCCUUUUUGUUCUUUAGUAGUGUAUAUAUUUUGUUAAGACAUACUGCCAAUAAUUUGAUAAAUUAUUCUACGAUCGUUUUACGGUUAAACGAGGGAUUUUAAAAAUUCUUCGUUUAAUACGAAAUUAUGAAUGUUGUUUAUACUUGCAAAGAGAGAGUGCAAUUUAUUACAUUUUAGUGAUUAAGAUGUUCUUUUGUAACAAUCUCAAGUUUAAUUAGUUAAGUUCCUAAAAUAUUAUGGUAAGUCGAAAAUUGUACUGUUUGUUUUUGUUAGUUUAAAAAUUGUAAAAAUAUAGUGUAUAUUUGAUACAAUUAAAAGACAAUUAAAUGCCUUCUAGGAUCUUUUUUAUAAUAAGA